AUGUCAAAUAACUGGGAAGAAGUAACAGAUGAUAUAGGGAGGAUAUAUUAUUAUAAUAAAACUACACAAGAAACAAGUUGGACCAAGCCAUUAGACACUACAUGCGAUUGGAAAGCUUAUACAACAGAUGAUGGACGACAAUAUUACCAUAAUGAAAAUACUGGAGAAACGACCUGGGAAAUACCUGAAGGUUCUGAAGAAACAUUUGAGAAAACAGAUGUUGUCGAACAUGAGAAUAAUGAAUCGUAUAAAGAGAAGGAUAAACCAACUUCAGAUGAGACAAAAUCUAGGUCAUCUCUUGACCUUGAAUUAGAGAAAAAAUCAACCAUUCGAAACGAACUAAUAGAACCACCUCAAUUCAAGUCCUAUCAAGAAGCUGAAGAUGCUUUCCUAAGCCUAUUAAAAUCUAAUAGUGUAGAUUCUACAUGGUCUUUUCAGGAGGUAAUUUCUAAAUUCAUUAAAAACCCACUUUAUUGGGCUAUUCCUGAUGCUUUACAUAGAAGACGAUUAUAUGAUGAAUAUUUGGUCCAAAAAUUAAAGGAUGAAUUAACUAACAAGAGUGCUAUUGUAGAGAAUUUUGAAAGAAAUUUUUUGCAGGUAUUACAAAAUUUCGAAAAGAAAGGUCUCAUAAAAUAUAAUACCCGUUGGAUAACGAUUAAGAAUAUAUUAAUAGCGGAAGAAAAUCCUAUUUUCAAAAACUCUGUAUUGUCAGAUAAUGAAGUUUUGAAGAUUUAUAAUGAGUUUGUAAAUGCAUUAAAAGAAGCUCGUGAAGAGUCAAUUAGACAGCAAAAAGCACAAGCGUUAAAUGAAUUGAAGUCAUACUUAACCCAGAUUAACCCAAUUCUAGUGUCGGAUAGCGAGAAUUGGGAUCAGCUUUAUAACAACUUACAGAACGAUGCCCGUUUUAAAGCCAAUAAACACUUUACAGUGUUGAAUAAAGUUGACAUUUUAGAAUUAUACACAACGGAUAUAUAUCCGCAGUUACUUGGUAAAUUGAAAAAUGAAAUCACAAGCAUUGAAAAGAAGAAUUACAGAUCUGAUAGGAAGGCAAGACAAAGUUUUAAAGAGUUGCUCUUAAGGAAUAUUAAUAUCAAUGCCAACUCGCUCUUUGAGAAUAUCUUCCCGCUUCUAGAGAAUGAGGAUUGCUUUAUAGAGCUAUGUGGUAGAAAUGGAUCUUCGCCAUUGGAUUUUUUCUGGGAUGUAGUGGAUGAAAAAUACCAAACCAUGAAAUUGAAAAAAGACUUGGUCGAAAAUACACUCUCGGGAUUGAAAAAUAACCCAAAGUAUAGCUAUGAUCAAUUAUUGAGCAGUAAAGAGAAUUUCAUUAAUAGUCUAGCGGAUUUGAAAGAUGAAAGACUAUCUGCAUUUGACUUCAAGUUGAGUAACGAGGCGCAGGAUGAUAACGAGUUAGAAAUAAUAUUUGAUAAUUUGAAAAGAGACUACGAUUUAAAGAAUGAAAUGUUGAAAACCAGAUAUAAAAUGGAAUUGGAACAAAGGAUAGAUGAACUUGCGCACUGGCUCUUUUCUAAUCAUGACAAGCAUGAUAUAAUAAAAUUCAUAGCCCACGAUUCCGACACGUCCGAUGGUUAUCCAGUUGCGAUAUUGAUAACGGAAGGCCUGAAUAAUGCUUCCAAGUAUGCUGUGAACACUAUUGAUAAGCAUGCUCUACAGUCUUUAUUCAAAUCAAAAUUUCAAAAUAUCGAACAGUAUAGGAAAUUGGAAACUACAUCACAAUUGGCCAGUAAUAAGGGCAUCAGAAUACCUAUUGAAGACUCUCUCGAAGGCUCUAUAAAUGGGUUGGUAAACUUAUUGAAUGACAAUACCUCUGUUCCUGACGAAAAAUCCGCAUACGCUAAUAGAAAGCGACAAAUCAGAGAUGAUCAUACAGAUACGAAAAGGUUUAAACCAGAGAGCAAGGAAACAGAUGCUACUGUAAAGCCCAAUGGUCCUAAGCAUAACCCAGUUUUAUUGAAUUAUUAG